AUGCCUCGACAAAACGCCCCAUUGAGCAAGGCUCUUGUGAGCCUGCUGCCUUUUGUAGCACAGGCUUCGGCCGCGACACUCAACUCCGAGUACAGCUUCAACCCUCUUCACCACCUCGGCGGCAUCGCUCCCUACUUCGAGCCCCAGGAUCCUCCCGCCUCUCCCGAUGCGCCCCAGGGCUGCACCCCCGAGCGCGCUGCCUACCUCGUGCGACACGCUGCCAUCUACGCCAACGAUUUCGACUUCGAGGAGUAUAUUGAGCCGUUUGUUGAGAAGCUCCAGAACAAGACCAAGAUCGACUGGAGCAAGAUUCCCUACCUCAACUUCCUGGCUGAGUGGGAGGCUCCCUUUUCCGAUGCUGAGGUUUCGCUCUUGACCAACGUUGGUCGUCUGGAGGCUACGCGAUUGGGUGUCGAUCUGGAGUUCCGAUACCCUGAGUUCAAGCAGCCCAAGAAGAUCUGGACUUCUUCCGCUGAGCGCACAGUCAAGUCCGCCCAGUCUUUCGUCCGUGGCCUCGAGUCAGAUGACAAGAGCAUCAAGGUCGAGAGCAUCUACGAGUCUGAGGAAUCUGGCGCCGACAGCUUGACUCCCUACAAGGCCUGCCCUGGCUACUCUGGCUCAACUGGUGGCGAGGAGUCCGCCGUUUACCAGGAGAAGUACGCCAAGCCCAUCGUCGCACGCCUCAACGACCUCGCAUCCGACUUCAACUUCACCAUCAACGACAUUUUCGGAAUGCAGCAGCUCUGCGGCUACGAGACUGUCAUCCGCGGCAAGUCUCCCUUCUGCAACCUCGAGCUCUUCUCCCCCGACGACUGGCUAGGUUGGGAAUACUCCGAGGACGUGCGAUACCACUACAACGCCGGCUACGGCAAUGAGAUCUCCGGCUACGUUGGCAUGCCCUGGUUGAACUCGACCGCUGAUCUCCUCAUGAGCGGAGACUCCGACGAGGACCUCUACGUCAGCUUCACCCACCGCGAGCUACCCCCCAUGGUCCUCGUCGCAAUGGGUCUGUUCAACAACUCCGAGCCCGGCGGUAGCGAGUCCCAGAUCAACGACACGAUGCCCCUCAACAAGAUCAACUACCGCCGCGCCUGGAAAAGCUCCCACGUGCUCCCCUUCCUCAGCAACAUCGCCAUCGAGCGCAUGAACUGCAGCAACAGCUACGGCUACGAGGAUGGCGAGUACUAUCGCGUUCUGGUCAACAGUGCUCCUCAGCCUUUCCCUGCCUGCGAGGAUGGCCCUGGAACGAGCUGCAGCCGAAAGAGCUUUGAGUCAUAUAUCCAGGAUCGAGUUGACAAGUUCACUGGCUUCUCUGAGAAGUGUGGUGUGGAGUAUGAUAACUCUACUGAUACUCUGUCUAUCUACCACGAAUAA